CCGGCAGCCCCCGCGGCCCGGAGUCCAUCCCGCCUCCUCCGGGCUGGCGGGGCUGAGGAGUCCUGAGGGGCUGCCGCGGGAGGAACCCUCACGUUCGCCUACCAGCCAGCGCCAAGCAGCUGGCUUGGGCACCCAUUAGGAGUUGACCUGCAGGUUUCCCUAGAUGAUGAAUAAACAGUCCUUCUGCCUGAAGAACAUCUGUGGAAACCUUGACCAUGGCAUCGAUAUCAGAGCCUGUAACAUUCCGAGAAUUCUGCCCUUUGUACUAUCUCCUCAAUGCCAUUCCCACAAAGAUCCAGAAGGGCUUUCGCUCUAUCCUGGUCUACCUCACAGCCCUGGAUGUGAACGGAGACUACAUUGCAGUGGGCAGCAGCAUUGGCAUGCUCUACCUGUACUGCCGGCACCUCAGCCAGAUGAAGAAGUACAACUUUGAAGGGAAGAUGGAGUCUAUCACCGUGGUGAAGCUGCUGAGUUGCUUUGAUGACCUUGUGGCAGCAGGCACCGCCUCUGGGAAGGUUGCAGUUUUCCAACUUGUGUCCUCAUUGCCGGGGAGGAACAAGCAGCUUCGGAGAUUUGAUGUCACUGGUGUUCAUAAAACCAGCAUCACAGCUCUGGCUUGGAGCCCCAACGGGAUGAAGCUGUUCUCCGGAGAUGACAAGGGGAAGAUCGUCUACUCCUCUCUAGAUCUGGAUCAGGGUACCUGCAGCUCACACCUGGUGUUGGAAGAGCCGUCUUCCAUUGUGCAGCUGGAUUACAGCCAGAAAGUGCUGCUCGUGUCGACCUUGCAGAGAAGCCUGCUCUUUUACACAGAGGAACAGGCUGUCAAGCAGAUUGGAUCCCAGCCACGGAAAAGUACUGGGAAAUUUGGUGCUUGUUUUAUACCAGGACUGUGUAAGCAAAGUGACCUAACCCUGUACGCAGCCCGGCCUGGACUACGGCUGUGGAAGGCCGAUGUCCACGGGACGGUUCAAGCCACGUUUAUCCUCAAGGAUGUCUUUGCUGGAGGAGUCACGCCUUUUGAGCUCUACCCUCGUCUGGAGCCUGAUGGGGGAAGCUGCAGCUCUCCUGAGAAACACCUGGGGCUCGUUUCGUGCUUCUUUCGGGAAGGCUGGGUGCUGAGCUGGAAUGAGUACAGUAUCUAUCUUCUGGACACCGUCAACCAGGCCACUGUUGCUGGUUUGGAAGGACUGGGUGAUAUUGUGUCUGUUUCCUGCACAGAAAAUGAAAUAUUUUUCCUAAAGGGAGAUAGGAACGUUAUAAGGAUUUCAAGCAGGCCUGAAGGACUCGGAUCCAUAGUGAGGGAUGGUCUGGAGACGAGAUGUGCAGAGCAGGUCCGUGGGCAGCAUUUGGAGAAGUCACUGGGGGCCACUGUUGGUGAGACAAGACUUGGAGGCUCUUCUGUGGCCAGCUCUGUGGCCAGUGAGCAACGGAGCAGGAGCAGCUCACUCAACUCGACGGACAGUGGUUCUGGGCUGCUGCUGCCCGGACUCCAGGCUGCCCCUGAGCUGGACCAGGGUGGCCAGCCAUCCUCACAGAGGUUCAGUAUCAUCAGUUCCGAAGACUUUGACCAGGAGCUCAUUGUGAAACCCAUCAAAGUGAAGAGGAGGAGGAAGAGAAAGACAGAAGGCGGAACCAAGAGCACCUGCCACAGUUCCCUCGAGUCGACUCCCUGCUCGGAGUUCCCUGGUGACAGCCCCCAGUCCUUGAACACAGACCUCCUGUCCAUGACGUCAAGUGCUCUGGGCAGUAGUGUGGAUCAGCUGAGCACAGGGUCUCCAGACCAGGAGAGCAACCCCAGUGCCGAGGUGAAUGGGAUCCUGCAGGAAGACAAUGGCUCUGAAACCUUCAGUGUCCUGGGGGUUCCUGAGUCUGCCCUUGACCCAGUGGAUGAAGAAAAUGGCACUAGAAAGGAACCUUCCCAGUGUGACCCCACACCAGACAUGGACCUGCUCAAUGGGGUGUUGGAUUUACCCUUGCGGCCAGGGGAGAAGGUGGGAGGUAGUGACAUCAUCUCAGGACUUGAAGAGGAGCCUGCUCCUGCUGAUGGUGCAGCAGGGCAUGCACAGCUGUGCCUGAGAAAACAGGAGAGCUCUGCUGAGGCGCGGGAAGUGAACACCGUGGAGUGCAGUGACCCCCAGAGCACUUUUUCCGAAGCCCCUCUUCUGGACUCACUUAUGGUACCUUCCAGCCUCAGCUGGCCCCCAGGUGCUGAGCAGUGGCUGCCUGAGAUGGGAGUUUAUGAAGUCCACACUGAAAAGACCAGCCCAGAGCCGGAUUUCCUGACCCACGUGGAGGUCCCUAGCUACCCGGGCUCCAACCCCUGGCAUGUAGUCACCGAUAGUGACACAGGUCAGAAAGAAAUGCCCACUUCUGAAUGUGCCAUAGGAAAUGUGGAAGGACAGGUAACUCCUCUUACCUCUGCCUUGGUGGCCAGCACCCAUGAGCAUUGGCUGGACCAACCUUUCCAGGAUCAGGCAGUGACAUCCAGUGAUGAGGAAGACAUUUAUGCCCAUGGGCUCCCAUCUUCAUCCUCAGAGACGAGUGUGGCAGAGCUUGGAGCUGAUCGCUCUCUGCAGGACCUGAGCCAGCCAGGGAAUGAUGACACCACACUGCUCAAGACAGAUCAGUUUGCAGAGAGCUGGAUGGGCUACUCGGGUCCUGGCUACGGCAUCCUCAGCUUGGCGGUCUCGGAAAAGUUUAUCUGGUGCCUGGACUACAAAGGCGGCCUGUUCUGCAGUGCCCUGCCCGGUGCAGGGCUGCGCUGGCAGAGGUUUGAAGAUGCUGUCCAGCAGGUGGCAGUCUCUCCCUCAGGGGCUCUUCUCUGGAAGAUUGAGCAGAAAUCUAACCGUGCUUUUGCUUGUGGCAAAGUUACCAUCAAGGGGAAGCGGCACUGGUAUGAGGCUCUGCCCCAGGCUGUGUUUGUGGCCCUGAGUGAUGACACAGCCUGGAUCAUCAGGACCAACGGAGAUCUGUACCUUCAGACAGGUCUCAGUGUGGAUCGGCCCUGUGCCCGAGCUAUGAAGGUCGACUGUCCUUACCCACUGUCCCAGAUCACUGCCCGGAACAGUGUGGUUUGGGCCCUGACAGAGCAGAGGGCCCUCCUGUACCGGGAGGGCGUGAGCAGCUUCUGUCCUGAAGGGGAACAGUGGAAGUGUGAUAUUGUCAGUGAAAGGCAGACUCUGGAGCCUGUCUGCAUAACUCUCGGAGAUCAGCACACGCUCUGGGCCCUGGACAUUCAUGGGAAGCUGUGGUUCAGAACUGGCGUGAUUCCCAAGAAGCCCCAAGGAGAUGAUGACCAUUGGUGGCAGGUGAGCAUCACGGACUAUGUGGUGUUCGACCAGUGCAGCUUGUUCCAGACCAUCAUGCAUGCCACGCACUCAGUAGCGACAGCAGCCCAAGCCCCUGUGGAAAAGGUAGCAGAUAAACUGCGCAUGGCAUUCUGGUCUCAACAGCUUCAGUGCCAGCCCAGUCUACUAGGGGUUAACAACAGUGGCGUCUGGAUCUCCUCAGGCAAGAAUGAAUUCCAUGUUGCCAAAGGAAGUCUCGUAGGAACUUACUGGAAUAACGUUGUUCCCCGAGGAACAGCUUCAGCUACUAAAUGGGCCUUCGUGUUGGCUUCUCCUGCCCCUACCCAGGAUGGAAGCUCCUUGUGGCUGUGCCAGAGCAGCAAGGACCUGUGCAGCAUCAGUGCCCAGAGUGUGCAGUGCCGCCCCUCCACGGUGCAGUUGCCCGCCGACGCCGAGAUGAGGACCUACGCUGCCUGCCAGGAUGCACUGUGGGCCUUGGACAACCUUGGGCAGGUGUUCAUCAGGACGCUUUCUAAGAGCUGCCCCACAGGCAUGCACUGGACGAAACUGGACCUUUCCCAGCUAGGAAACGUAAGACUGACCAGCUUAGCCUGUGGAAAUCAGCAUAUCUGGGCCUGUGACUCCAAGGGUGGAGUUUACUUCCGAGUUGGAACCCAGCCUCUGAAUCCCAGUCUGAUGCUCCCGGCCUGGAUCAUGAUUGAGCCACCUGUCCAGCCUGCCGGGGUCACCUUGGUCAGCGUCCAUUCUAGCCCCAAUGACCAGAUGCUGUGGGCCCUGGACAGCAGAUGGAAUGUGCACGUGCGGACUGGGAUCACUGAGGAGAUGCCUGUGGGGACAGACUGGGAACAUGUGCCAGGGUUACAGGCCUGCCAGUUGGCAUUGAGCACCAGGACUGUGUGGGCCCGCUGUCCAAAUGGUGACCUUGCCCGCCGCUAUGGCAUCACAGACAAGAAUGCUGCUGGGGACUACUGGAAGAAAAUUCCCGGAAGUGUGUCAUGUCUCACAGUGACCUCAUCAGACGAGCUGUGGGCAGUGGGCUCCCCUGGCUGUCUCCUCCAGCGACUGACAAAGACGUUCAGCCAUUCACACAAUACCCCAAAGAACAGCCAGGCAGCAGCCACCUUCCACCCUGAGGACCUGGAGGAUGAGUGGGAGGUCAUCUGAAGGAGCCCCAGGCAGCCAGUCAGGGAGGAAACUGAGGCUCUGUGAUGGAUGCUGAUGUUUCCUAGUGGCUCACUUACGGACAUGCCUCAUCCACCAGGCUGGAUACCCCACACUUGCUUUCCUCUGUAUUUGUUUCCGUCUCAUUCCAGAACUCACAGCCUCAGCCAUGUGCCCGGCCGGAGCUGUCACUGUAGCAGCAGCACCUUUGACAUCCUGCCAAGGUCACCUCCAAGUGGGAGCAGUGGCUGCUGCUGCUCAGUUGCAUGCACUUGUUACCUGUGCACCACAGUAAAUUCUCUUCAGCAAAACAGAUCCUGGUGUGUGGGCCGACAGGGACACCGCCAUAGGCAGAUGAGUCAAAGCCAGGAAGAGUCAGGCACGUGUCCAUACCAGCACCCCAGGCCAAACAGGCCUGCCGGUCAUUGCUCGCAGCCAUUGGAUGUGUUUGGUGACGGCGUUGACUUCAUCAUAGAGUCCCUCACAUCUCUCUGAGAGGUACAGGCCACAGUGGACGUCCCACACUAGACACUCCAGGUGGGAAAGUGCCAUCCAGGGGGGAGGCUGGACUGUGCAGGGAACACACGCACACAUCCUUGCCUCCUCAUGUUGCCCACACUCAGGGUAGCUGCCCACGUCAGCCAACACAACAGGCAGCUGGUCAGACAGAGCACAGAGGUGCCCACGUGGUCCAUUUCGUCCAGCACAGGGUGCUGGUCAGAUACAGUGCGGGAGAGGCGGAAGCAGUCUAGAGACAUCUUUGGAAAGACAUCUGACUAGUGUGCUGCUGGGCACCCUGAAGCCAGGCACUUCCUCAGAUGAUGGUCUAGUAAAUGGCCUUUUCAUUUGCUGUGUUACAAGCCUGAAUAAGAUACCUCAUUUUAGAUGAAAUCUCCCAAUUCAGAAGAUAAAUGUAUCUUCUGAAAACAGUGAAGGUCUUUUGUUCCUUCAGGAGGCUUAUCCUAAGCCCACCUUAUCUUAGUUAGAGUUUGCAGGGGUGGCAUCCGAUCAUGUCCUCAGCCCAAGAGCAGCCAGUGUCCUCAGGGGACGCAGCAUUGACUCCCCAGCAGCUGGGAAGAAAGAGUGCCUCCUGCUCACAGUUGCCAUGCCUGUCACCAUGCCGGGACAGCGGCGCUCUCUCCUCGGGCCCAGGGCAGGCUGCCCUACCUAGGAGGUCCCUGUCACUGCUCCACACUGGCUGCUUUUUUUAAUCCCCCUGGUCCAGGCGGUCACUUGAUGUCUGUUUUCUACUGCGCAUGUGUCAGGACCCUCAGUCCCCGGUGAAAGGCCCCAGCAGUCACGAAGCAGAGGCCCCAGGUCUCAGCAAUGGUGAGCUGCUGAGACCUGACUGCACUUUUUUGUUUGUUUGUUUGUUUUUCGAGACAGGGUUUCUCUGUGUAGCCUUGUGUCUGUCCUGGAUCUCACUCUGUAGCCCAGGCUGGCCUCGAACUCACAGAGAUCCGCCUGGCUCUCCCUCCCAAGUGCUGGGAUUAAAGGCGUGAGCCACCAACGCCCGGCGACUGCACUUCAUUUUAUACACUCCUUUUUGUAAAAGUUCAGUGGCAGCCCCAGCUUGGCUGCACCCCUUCUGUGAAUGGUGUGCCUUGCCCGGCUCCCCACAAUGGCAGCGCUCCCCAAGCCCACGGGGACGAUACUACAGUUAAACCCAAGUUAAGCAGACACCUCAAAACUACUUUGAGCUUCAGUGCUUUGUAUGAUUUUCUUUUGGUUUUAUAUUUUAGUUGUACUUUGAGAUCAUGCAAAAUGUUAGACUUUUUCCGAACGUUGACUCUGAUGACUGAGCUGAGAGGCCUGCAGCGGACGUCUCCUGCUGGCCUGCAGCAAGCCCACCAGCCCAGCCACACUGAAGCAGAGAGAACACCAUUGCCUGGUCUGGGACCUGGAUGGUGUUGAGCCAGCUUCCCAGGGUGGGAUAGUGAGCAGUAGCCACUCCACAGAUGUACACACCCUCUGGCAGCCCUGGAGAGAAUGCCCCAAAGAAGGCAGAAUGAAGGGCUGUCCCAAGACAUUCAUUAGGCUUUCGUUGUUUUGAGACAGUCUUAUGUAGCCCAGGCUAGCCUCUAAUUCACCAUGUAAGCUAGCCAAGGAUGGCUUCUUCUGAUCCUCCUUUCAAGUUCUAGGAUUACAGGUGUGCACCACCAUGUCCUUCUAAGAUGUCUAUGAGUAUAGCUCACUUUCAGAAUCCCCACUGGGAUGUUUCUCUUAGACAGAGGAACUCUUAAAAUCAUGACAGUACCCACAUACACCCCCAGAUUACUGCUCAGGUCUCCUGGCUUCAUGUGCCCUCUCUAGAGCCCAGGAAGGAGAAGAUGGCUAGUCAGUGAGCCUAGCCUGGCGAGUCUGCUGACCUGUGCUGAUGCCACAGACUCCUGGAGUCAAGCCCCACAAGGGCCAGCGUGCCACGUACAAUCCAGACCAUGGCUGGGCCCUCCCUCGGCAGCCAGGCAGCACCCUAGGGUAUCACACACAGCAUUCCAUAGGCAUUGCCGUGGGAGGAAACAACUGUACAGCUGCUGUGCCUGCUGUUUCCAGUUAGCACGGAAAACCUGCCUUUGCCCUCUGGGGGGCAAGUGCUUUGUACACCCACAUGAUGGGACAGCCACAGAAAACCAGGUGGAGGUUUUUACUAUUCAAAACGUCGAGCCUGUGAGUCAGAAAUCCAUGUGGGGCUGGAGAUGUGGCUUAGUGGUGACGGACCUAGCAUGCACACCGCACCACAGGCCAAAAGCCCUACCUGGGCCCAGAGCAUGCCUGCAAUCCCAGCACUCAGGAAGCUGAGGCAGGAUUGCCACAAGUUCCAGACCAGCCUGAACCACAUAGUAAGAGCCUGUCUCAAAAACACUACAUUCACAAGUAAACAAACUGAGAAGGAGACAAUGACUGCAUAAGUGUGGCGCCCACGUUGAACAUUCACUGUAGGAACUUGUCCAGACGAGCAGGAACAAACAGGACAGAGAUGGCAGAGGAGGUGAGGAGCACUUCAAUGAAGGAGACCCCAAAGACAGCCCUCUGGGAGAGCCUCCGAUGGAGCUUGGGUCCAAACGUCUCACACUUCUGCCACCUCUGAAGAUGUAUCUAGAGUAAAGCCAGAGCUGGGGUAUGUGUGUACAGCACAGUGAUCCAGCACCGGCCUAGCAUGCUGCUGUCCCUGGGUUCAGUUCUCAGAAGGGCAACAAAGGAUUAAACAGAGGGAAGGCACCCCGGGAGUAUGCCAGCAGGGCAUACUGUGGGGCCCCACAGGGGAUCUUACAGCAGCUCUCCUGACCUGUCACUUACACACCUACAGCGUGGUUUACAGAUGGAGGAGGAGGACUCUGGUGGUGGGGGCGGGUGUUUGUGCCUCACCCUUCAGGAGGGCAGAGACAAGUUCUCCUUGGGACAAGCAGUGAGCAGUGAUUGUCUCCAGUUUGUGUCUUUUUAUCCUUUGAAUGUUGAGCCAUGUAAAUGUAUUAUUUAUUUCAAAACUAAAUAAAAUUUACAUUUUAGAAA